CUAUAAAGACCCAUAGGUAUCACUUUACAAAAAGACCUCUUUAGUUAAUCAUUAACAUUCACAAUGAGCAAUAGCUACAUUUGCUACAGACGUUAUUAAUCAUGCGUACUUGUUUACAUCAGAGCGGCACACAUGUCUUUCAAGCAGCAUACAGCGGUGUUGUGCAUUUUGACCAGUUGAUGGGAAAAGUAUUCUUAAAAACCAUUCCAAAUACUCAAUAAUUUGUCAUAUAUAAUUAUUCACGGUAUUUAGAAGUGCCCACUAUAACAAUAUCGUGUAUAUUCAUUACCAUGAUAUAUCGCAUUACCGAAUACCGACACAUGUCUAGAUUGGAGCCUAAAAACGUUUACUUACACACAUGCAUUUAAAUGGAACGUUGUUUUACCAUCAUGACUAGACAUGUCCAUUUUCUGCCUUUCACUAUGUGUCUAAUAGAGCACAUGGUCCAUUGACUUCAAUGGAACGAGGCCAAGUAUCAGUUGAUAUUAUACUGUUUGAGACUUGCCUGUUAUAUGUCUAUUAAAAUUCAUCAUUACUUUUUUCUUUCCAUCUGAAUUUGUCAUUUUAUUUAUCCUUAUUUUAAAUAAAUGACUUUUACUUUAAUUUCACACAUUCUAAAUAAAGUCUGUCUGCUUUUUGUAAACCAUAAAAAAAGAAAGAUGAUUAUACCAGCUACUGACCACUAUCAGGAUCAUCUGUUAGUAAAGAAAUCGUUUUUUGACAGAUCUUCCCUGUAAUUGUUGUCGUGGGAGUGUUUCUGGAUUAUGUAGAAAUCCUCUUAAACCCAUAACAGAUUUAUAGUUUGUUUCAAUGCGCUACAAGACUUAAAAUAAUGCAAUUAAUACUGUGCUAUAUGUACCUCCACCAUAAGCCUCUCUUACCCAAUAAAUUUUUAUUCAUCAUAUAGCUUCUCCAAAUUUGUUUACUACACUUUCUCAGUACAAAAAAAAGUUUUUAAAAGUGAUAUGCACUAUAAGAACAAUGAAUUUAAAAAUAAAAUUAAAACACUGCCAGAUUGCAUGACUAAGCCCGGAAAAGGUUGUGCAUAGAGUACUGAUAAAGAGAGGAGAAGAGGGUGGGGAGCUUUAAAGAGAGGAGAAAGAGAUUGAACCGCCAGGACUUUCACUUUCAGUGAUCAAACUGCCUCCACACUAUUUGAUCCUUCAGAAGAAGCCUACAAAAGAUCAAAUGUCUUGCUCACUUGCAUGCCAGCUGGAAAGCUUCAAAACAAACUGACUGAAAAGGAAGAAGGAAAGUUAGAGGGAAAGACACAGGACACUAAAAUCACUGUAAAUAGAGGAAUAUCUUGUUGUCCAUCAGAAGGCUGGGAGUUUCCAACUGUCAGCCUAGGAUUGAGCCAGAGGGUCAGAAUGGGGAGCAGCCGUGGGAUCAAGGAGAAAGUGCAGCAGUGAGAGGAACACGUUGUUUAGUAGAUUCUGAAAGAAACAGCUGGGAAACCCACUGAGGCUGAGAUUCUUCCAUAACCCUUCUGCAGCAAUCUGUCAUGCAAAACGACUUGAUUAAGAAGAACAUGGGGAAUUUGUCCCACAUUGACCGGUAGAAGCAUGACACCAACAGUUCUCUUACUCCUAUCAACAUUGACUGUUCAAGGAAGUGGGUGCGAUGAUUUUAUGAAGACGACAGUCAGAAAUCUGCUAGACUCUAUACACAUCGAAAAAACGUCCGGAUUCCCACAAGUGUUUCCGAAGAACUACGUCGUGUCCCACUAUUUCAACGACAGCGCGCUGUGCAAUGAGCCGUGCUGUGUGUUCAGUGCUGCUGCUUUCUUGUCUAAUUCCUGGAGUCAGCUCUUCCAGCACCUCAGUCAAGUUCACCUCAAAUUCAGGUUCAUCAGGGAGCUGAUUGGCACACUGGAUGACAUAGCAAAAGAGAAAAUUCCAGAACGUCUAGAUAUCUCUGCUUUCCCAUCUGUUCAGUCGUCGCCUGAAGGUCUUCUCUCCUUCACCUCAUCCCUCUUCACACGAUGGCUCGAUCUGGAUUGUGCUUUUGGAGAGCAUCACUGCAUCUUCCCCACACCAAGUGAAGAGGAUCAAGAAAAUCCACCUUUAAACGAGGAACAGAAUGUGGAGAACCAUGAACCUGUGGAUGAGCAGCAGCCUGAGAUAGAAGGAGAGACAGGUAAAAGUCAGCUUGACCCAGGUCCGACUAAUGGCUAUAGAGAGUCACUUUUCCCAGGUUGGUCUCACUGGACUUUUUCUUUUCUAUGGAUAACAUCGAGUUUGAUCUGGUGAAAGCUGAGAGAUCUGUUUUAAAUAUGCCACGAAACUUGGCCAAAAUGAGGCUUCCCUCUGAAAGGACAGCUACUGUAGUUCACUUUUGUUUUACACUGAUUAGCAUUUGUAUGAGAUUUCAGAGAAGUUGCUCUCUGGAUAUGGUUCAAGAUUUCUAGAUGCAGUUAUGGAUCCACAUGUUGGAAAAAAGGGAUGUUUUGGAAACAGACACAUGGCCAAUAUGAUGUUCUCUUUUAUGAAUGUGUAUGAGUUUUUUUGUGCAUCUUGUCUUUGCACUGAUUGUCCAGUGUUUCUAUCAUCUUAUACAAUGAAUUAUGUGUCAUCCAUUAUAAUUCAGGUUUAACCUGUUGACUGAACGUUUUAACAUUGAAUGUAGUGAAAAAGUAAAGAAUACAUGAAGCCAAAAGUCUCCACUUAUCACUCGGUGUUCAAGAGGAAACGACUACACUCAUAUAGCUACAGUAAAUUCAAGCCAUAUUAAAUAACACUGUAGCGGAGGAACCAGUUUAAGCUUAAGACAUUUGCUAAUGGAUUACAUAAGUCAUAAGUAUUGUUGUCUCACCUUAGAGAAUGUUACUACAUGCAAUGUUUUACUAAAAUGAAUUUAACAAUCUUUCUGUUUUUGGUGUACAUAUGAUGUCUAUUUUUAAGUGUAGAUUUUUAUAUAUAAAUAAAUCCUUCUUAAAAUAA